AAAACAAGUAAAAACAAAAAAGCAUAAGAAACGCACACUCUGUCUCCGUUGGGAAUCGCAAAAGCAAAGCCGAACUGGUCUCUGCUUCUAUCUCAAGAAUUUAUUAACGUAAAAGAGAAGAGCCUUGUCAAAUCAAUGGAAGACCUGAGAAUCUAAGCAUUUCUCCUUGAAGCAAAAGCGCUUUUUCAUUCUUGCUUGACCACAAACGACGUGGCGUUUUUGAUAGUAUAACAGAGAGAAAAGAUAGGGGGAUUGCUGUCUUAGGGCAUAUGGCAGAGUCAUCGAAGGAAGAGCUGGUUCAGCUGAUCAAGCGGUUUGGCGCUUACAUAACCUUCAAGAUGUCCAAUCUCUUCCCGAUCUCUUUCCAUAAUCUGGAUACUCGAUCUGUGGGGGCUAUUGCAGGGCUCGCUGUUGCUAUAGUUUUUACUUGGAGGCUGUUUAGGUCACCCAGUGGAAGUCAACAAAGACAGCCAAAACGCCAAGCUCCUCCAACUAGUAGUUCAGUUGUUAGUGCUCAAUCGAAUUCAACAUUGACUCCUCCUGGAGUUUGUUCAUCUUCUGAUGAUCUGAGAGCACAAAAUGUCGUUGACGAAUUCUUCCAGCCAGUAAAGCCAACUUUGGGGCAGAUAGUUAGACAGAAAUUGAGUGAAGGAAGAAAGGUCACGUGUCGUUUGCUUGGAGUUAUCCUUGAGGAAACUACUCCAGAGGAGCUUCAGAAACAAGCUACUGUGAGGUCUUCUGUUCUGGAAGUGCUGUUGGAGAUAGCAAAAUUUUGUGAUCUUUAUCUUAUGGAAAGAGUACUUGAUGAUGAGAGUGAACAAAAGGUUCUUGCAGCAUUAGAAAAUGCAGGGGUUUUCACAUCUGGUGGUUUAGUCAAAGACAAGGUUCUCUUUUGUAGCAUGGAAAAUGGACGAUCAUCUUUUGUCCGGCAGCUAGAACCAGAUUGGCAUAUUGACACAAAUCCCGAAAUUGUUUCUCAGUUAGCUAGGUUUAUCAAAUAUCAGCUUCACAUUUCUCCUAUUAGACCCGAACGAACUGCUGCAAAUGUGUUUAGUGCUCCAUCCUUGGAACAGUUCUUUGGAUGUGUUUGAUGCUUCACCACUAAAACAUCUGGAGUAUAAACCUAAAAUAGAUUGUUCUUUGUGUUAAAAAAGAAAAACUGAUUACAGCGCAAUGUUCUUUAGAAACUCUUCGCCAGUUGUUAAUUUUCGGUGAGAAGUGACCACAAAUUCCUUCUAAUUUUGUUUGAAAUUUGUGCAUUAGAUUGGUCA